AUGGCGGCGGCGGUUGCUGCUGAGUCGGUACCUGUGGGCCGCGCGGAGGAGGAGCAGCCCCUUACGUCUACCGAGGAGCUGGCCGCCCAGAAGCGCGAACAGAGACUGCGCAAAUUCCGGGAGCUGCACCUGAAGCGGAAUGAAGCUCGCAAAUUAAAUCACCAGGAAGUCGUGGAAGAAGAUAAAAGGCUUAAGUUACCUGCGAAUUGGGAAGCCAAGAAAGCCCGUUUGGAAUGGGAGUUACAGGAAGAAGAAAAGAAAAAGGAAUGUGCAGCCAAAGGAGAAGACUAUGAGAAAGUGAAGUUGUUGGAGAUCAGUGCAGAAGAUGCAGAAAGAUGGGAGAGGAAGAAGAAGAAGAAAAAUCCUGACCUGGGAUUUUCAGAUUAUGCUGCUGCCCAGUUACGUCAGUAUCAUCGAUUGACCAAACAGAUCAAACCUGAUAUGGAAACAUAUGAGAGACAGAGAGAAAAACAUGGAGAAGAGUUUUUCCCAACAUCUAACAGUCUUAUCCAUGGAACACAUGUGCCUUCCACAGAGGAAAUUGACAGAAUGGUGACAGAUCUGGAAAAACAAAUUGAGAAACGAGACAAAUAUAGCCGCAGACGUCCUUAUAAUGAUGAUGCAGACAUUGAUUACAUCAAUGAGAGGAAUGCUAAAUUCAACAAAAAGGCAGAACGAUUCUAUGGCAAAUACACAGCUGAGAUUAAACAGAACUUGGAAAGAGGAACAGCUGUCUAA